AUGCUCUCAGACGAGGAGAGAAAGAACAAACCUUACGCAUUACCAGUGCAAUACAUCCCCUACAACAGCCUGAGGGAUCAAUACAUCAGGGACCUGACAAAGACCCUGAAGGAGAGGAUGAACUUCUAUGGGCUCACUGCUGUUGACGAGGAGAGAAAGAACGAACCUUACGCAUUACCAGUGCAAUACAUCCCCUACAACAGCCUGAGGGAUCAAUACAUCAGGGACCUGACAAAGACCCUGAAGGAGAGGAUGAACUUCUAUGGGCUCACUGCUGUUGGAACUGUCACUGAUGGGGAGUUCAGUACACUUAGGACACAAGGCGAAACCAGACCACUCCAUCUCUGGCAAGUCAUACAUGACGCCAGAGAAAGUGUGUCGAAGAUGAGUAAGACUACAUUGAAGAGGAUGAUGCAGAUUGAUGGCAAUGUCAACAAUGAUGAAGCAAGGCGCACGUGUGUCCCGGAGGAUGUAAGACAAAAGCUCCACUUGCUUCAAGAGGAGGAUGGCUUGUCUUUUGAAGAUGCCCUGCAUCACAUCCGUAAAGACCUCAUCCCGGAUGGCUACACCUACCACCCGUGGCGGGCCCAUAUCCCAGAGACGGAGCUGGACAUGCUCCGAUCUAUCCUAGCAACUUACAAGUUACGCGAGAGGGUAGAGGAGCUGAAAGGAGAGAGGACGGACUUUAGUAAGUAUCUCUACGUGCCAGAAGUGGACCCCAUCACCCUUAAGGAGCACCAUGAGAGGGAGGACCACAACCACAUCAUGAAAAGACUGGCAAAGCAUACAAGAGAUGGUGGCCAUGAAGAGAUAAAUGUCCGGCGUUUUGAAGAAGCCAUGCGAAGCAAGGACACUGAUCUAACUUAUGCUGCCCUUGUUGGUGUGAGGAAACAAUCUGUGUCUGAUGCAGAGAGACUGCUCUCACACUGUGUCUGGCGGUUCUUCCAGAACAAAUGAUACGAGGCAGAAGCAGAAUAUGUUAGAGUAAUUGCCAACUGGCAUGAAGCCUCGGAUGGUCGCGGUCUGUCUCAACAACAGAGGAAAGCGGCAAACCAGGCCAUGCGUCGGUACAUCCUUGACAGAUGGAUGCCCUGGAACAAGGAAGAACCAGAUCUGUCUAAGAUUGACAUCAACAGGCGUGUGGAUGGACUUUGCGGUUUCAGUCGGGAGACUGUCGUUGGGAUCACGAGCAACAUAGACAGCAAAUAAGUACGCCGUCUCCAAAAUGACGCCUUAGGCUUUGUAGAACAUCCGAGGGCCGGAACAACAGAUGAUGUAGAGUGCUUCUUCAGCAUCCUUCACCACACAGCCAGAGGACAACUUGUAACUCUGAAGGAGUUCAAGUACUAUUGGAUAAAGCUUGUCUUGCAGUUGUGCGAAAGAAUGGACUUUCCAGCGGGUGUUUCUCACUUUAAGAACAUCGCGGAUGCCAUAGAGG